AGAGAAAGAGAGAUAUCACGGUCAUAAAUUUGAAAAGUAAACUCGAGUGUUACACACCCAGACCCUGUGGUGGUUUGACAGAGAAUGGUCCUCAGAGGUCAUCUGUUGGAAUACUUGAUCUCCACUUGAACUGUUCAGAGGGGAUCAGUAGAUAUGGCCUUGUUGGAGGAAGUGUGUUACUUGGGGCAGGCGCUAAGGUGGCGGGUGAUGCCUAGCUGCUUCUGUGUGCACUCUGAGAGGGCAUAUGGUAUGUGGAUUAUACAUUUACUCUUGCCAGGCAUGGUGGCACAUGCCUUUAAUCCCAGCACUCCACUGAAGCAGACAGAUUUCUCUAAAUUUGAGGCCAUUCUGGCCUGUAUAGUGAGCCCCAGGCUAGCCAAGGCUACAUAGGAAGACUGUCCAAGAGGAGGAAGAAGAGGAGGAAGAGGACUUUAAUGUACAUGUAAGAGGAAACUCCACAGUCACACCUCCACUUACCCCAAGACUGCCACAGACAAAUUGGUGUGUGGUUCCCGCAGCUCUGUCUCCAUGUAUGUAUAUGUGUGCAGGUGCACAUGUGAAGACCAGAGACUGAUAUCAGGUGCCUUCCUUGAUGGCCCCACCGUGUAGAUUGAGCAGGGUCUCUGUUGAGCCCAGCGCUGGCCUGAUAGGACUAGUCUAGCUAGCUGACCUUCUCUGCGUUUGUCCCCUCCUGUGCUCAGCUUCACCUGAUGCUCACAUGUGUACUGAGGAGCCACGGGCUGGCCAUGGAGCAAUAAAGGAAGACAUCCAACAUCAACCUCUGCCUCAAACACAUAUGUACAUGCACACACUAAUGUGUAUAUACCGUUCAAUAUACACACAAAGGUUCAUAUUCCAUACAUACAUUGGUGGCUUUUAUUCACUUUUUAUGGAGUGCUUAGAUAACAGUGCUAAUACUGCCCCUCUGGGAGUCAAACUACAAGUAUACAAACCAAGAAAAAUGUAGCAUGCUGGGCAUGGUAGCAUAAGCAUAUAAGCCCAGCAGUUGAGACAUAGAGGCAGGAGGAUUUCUGUGACUUAAGGGCCACCCAGUGUCAAAAAAGGAAAGGACUUAGCAAGUGUUCCUUUGCGAAGGUUGGUGAACCCUUUUGUGUCCCGUAAAGAGCCCUAGUUCUUGGAAUUUAUUUUUAAUAUGAUGAUGGAUUUGUAUGGGGAAGGUGAGGGAGAGAAGGUGGGGAAGAGAGUGGGAGAAAGAGAAAAGGUUGGGGGGAGGGGAGUGUGUGUGCAUUUUACCUGCAUGCGUGUAUGUGCACCAUAAGCAUAGAGACCCUAGAACUGGAGUUACUGACAGUUAUGAGCUGCCUGAUUCGGGAACUAAGCCCAGGCCUUCUGCAAGAAAGAUAGUGUUUUGUUUUGUUUUCUUUUCUUUUCUUUUUUUUUUUUCGGAGCUGGGAACUGAACCCAGGGCCUUGCGCUCGCUAGGCAAGCGCUCUACCGCUGAGCUAAAUCCCCAACCCCGAAAGAUAGUGUUCUUAACCACUGAGCCACCUGUCUAGCCCAAGACAAUGGGUCAUUUUUAAUUGCUAUCCCUUGCAAGAUACUUAAACUAUUCCAUAUCGUAGCUGUAAAAGAAGCCAUUCCGUUAGAGAGGAAACUAUGGUAGGUGAGCAGUUUUCUUUUGGAGAAGGGGAAUAAGAUCCAGAGAGGUGAGUGGGUUUUCUGACUAUCGAUUGUUUUUGGCUUUGUUGCUGUGCUUUGUGAAACAAAGUCUCACGUAGCCACGCUGUCUUCAAACUUGCUAUGUAGCUGUGGCUGAUCUUGAACAACUGUUCCUCCUGCCUCCACCUCCCAAGUGCUGGGAUUACAGACGUUCACCACACACCCAGCUUCAAAGAGGCAAAUUCUGCACACAGAAGACAGAAGAGCAAAGAACUGAGGGCAAAGGUGGGGGGAGCUAGAAAACCCUUCUCCUGGGGGCUGAGCAGCUGCAGAAAGCUGAAGUCGCAGGAGUUAUUCAAGAGCAGGCAGCCUCAGUGCAGGGGGCCCUGGGAGCCUCCCUUCUGGGGACCUGGAAAACUCCUGGGCCUUUAAGUGGUUUAUUCAGUGACAUAAUGCUUCAUCUUCAGUGUGUACCUUAGGAGCUGAAGCCAGCUCAGAAUAGUGCUUUGGGUGGGGCUUUUCUGGGGUGUAGCCCUAGUCAUCACACGCAUAGGUAGCCACCUGGUGCUGGAGAACAAAGCCAUUCUGCGCUCGAGAGCCUCUAGCAAGAACUUCCCAGAUAUACACAAUGCACAGACAGUUACUGGACCACACACCAUUCUCAGAACUUCAAAACCUAUAGCACAAUAUGAAUCUUAAAGAAAGGCCAGCCUGAGCCAGAUGUGUUAGUACAGGCCUGUAAGCCCCGCUCUUGAGAGGAAGAGGCAGGAGGAUCAGGAAUUUAGUCUUCUCUUGCUAUAUGAGUUCAAGGCCAGUGUAGGCUGCAUGGGGCCCUGUAACAGAGCGAGAGAAUGGCAGAGGGGUGAGCUGGAAAGUUAGGUUGUUUUUACCUGAAAAGAAAAAUUAUCAGUUAAUGCUGAUAGUCAAGGAACUGGGGUGAAAUGAUUUCCCCACCCUCACCCCCACCAAAAAGUCUUAUUCAGAGAUUUCCAAAACUAGAGCCCUUGAAUCAGUCAAGUAGCUAUUUCCCCCAUGGCCAAUUCCAGGUCCAUGUAAAUCAUUCCCUCAGGAGCCUCUGGAGACCACCCUUCACCCGUCCUUUGGCUCAAGUAAUCCCCCAGUGUACAGAUGUCCUGUGGUGCAGUCCCUCAAAGUUACCAAAGGUUAGUUGAGUAGCCCCGAUGCUCCCGGAAAAACUGGCUUCUUUCCCGACUGCUAGGAAAAAAGCAGGCAGCGCUCUGCCUACGGAAAAGUUGUUGGAGCCCUACUUUAGGUGGCCUAGAGACUGCCUUCCUGUCCUGUUCUAGUGCUUCUCUCUGGCCUUCCUGAUCACCAGCCCAAAUACACAUCCUUUUUACUGUCUUCCUUCUGGCUCUGGACUCACUGUUUUUAUAUAUUUUUAGGUUUUUAAUUCAGUUAAUAUUUAUGGCUGCUUCAGCUGCAUGGACAUCACACGCAUACCGCAGUGCAGCAGACAGCAUCCAGUCUCCUGGAACUGGGCUACAGACAGGCGCAGGUGCUGGGAAUAAACCUAGGUCCUUUGGAAGGGCAGUGCUCUAGUUAGGAUUUUACUGCUGUUAAGAGACACCAUGACAAAGGCAACUCUUUCUUUUUUUUUUUUUUUUUUUUUUUUUUUUUUUUUUUUUUUUUUUUUUGUUCUUUUUUUCGGGACUGGGGACCGAACCCAGGGCCUUGCUCUUCCUAGGCAAGCGCUUUACCACUGAGCUAAAUCCCCAACCCCCGACAAAGGCAACUCUUACAGAGGCCAUUUAUUUGGGGCUGGCUUACUGGUUCUGAGGUUCAGUCUACAUCAUCAAGGGAGGGGCUGAGAGCACUACAUAUUUAUCUGAAGGCUGCUAGGAUUAGACUGGUUUUUAGGCUGCUAGGAUGAGGGUCUUAAAGCCCACACCCACAGUGACACACCUACUCCAACAAGGUCACACCUAACAGUGCCACUCCCUGGACCAAGCAUCUUCAAACCUCCACAGGCCAUGUGCACUCUUGAGGAUCCACCUCUGCAGCCCUCACUGUUGGUCUCAGGUUGUUCACUUGCUUGUUUUGUCUCUCUUUAGGUCAGUCAGUUCAAAAUGUGCCUUUCAUUAAGGAUGGUUGUGCCAGAGGACAAGGGGGCUGCAUUGUUCUUCCGGGCUCUGGAGCACACAGCCAGGGUGGCUGGCUCUCACUUGCUUACUGGUGCACGAAAUGCCCUUACAAAUAACCUCAGCCAAGGAGAACUCUUGGGACGUGCACUCAACCCUGGGUGUAUAAUAGAGUCACUUGGGAAAUGUAAAAUAUUCAAGCCCGGGGCCUACCCCAAUGGCUUGGAGAAAAUUGAUCUGGAAUGGGUUCCAGCCAUUAGUGUUUUUAAAAAAGUCCCAGGGGCUUUAAAAAAAUCUAAUUUAUGACAGACAGAAGGAGCCACUGCAUUGGUGUGUGUGUGUGUGUGUGUGUGUGUGUGUGUGUGUGUGUGUACGCUCUCUCUUAGUCUCUCUAAGUCUGCUGCAAGAGGUCUGAAUUUUGAGGAGUCCAUUUACACACAGUCAUGGGGAUACCAAUUGCCCUUAGUUCCUCUCCGGAUGCUUUUGAAUGGUUCAGUUUUAGACCUCCCCAUGACAGUGAUAAACACUGCACUGAAGCAAGUGCCAGCAUCGUAAAAGUUAGAACUGAUGAACCGAAGCUACAGCUUAGUGGUAGAGCCUUCACCCUGCAUGUGUAAGGCCUUGGCUGGGUUCAAUCCCUGGUAUAGCAAAAACCACCACCAAGACACUUGAACAUGGUGUUCCAGUAACAUGAACCAAAUGAUCUGAGAGGCUGACUGCUCACAGGGGUUUGUAACAUGAAGGUCUGGGGAAGUAUGUGUGUGUCCACCUGGUGUCACAGGAAGUUAUGUGUAUGUAUGUGUGGGGAUGUACACACAGCCACUUGAAUGGAGUUCAUUUCUCCCAAAGGAGAAAGACACUUGGGUACAAAACCUCUUUAGGGAAAGCUACCUUCUGGGAGACUCCUGGAGCCUCUGUUCAGCAUGCUCUGCCCUGAUGGUUGCUGUUUGUCCAUCUAACACAAGCCACACAAGCCGUCUGGAAAGAGCUGCCCCAGUGGAGACAGUGCCUCUCAGAUGGCCUGUAGGUAAGCCUGGUGGGUGGCAAGUGAUGCUGGAGUCUGUAAGGAAAUAACCUGAGCGAGCCUUGAAGAGCAAGCCAGUGAGCAGAGUUCCUCCAUGCUUCUGCUUCAGUCCGGCAUCCCUCCAGGCUCCUGCACUGACCUCUCAGUGAUGGAGAAUGUCCCGAGAGGGGUAAGCUGAAAUAAACCCUUCUCUCCAGACUUACUUUUGUUCAUGGUAUUUUAUCACAGAAAUAGAAACUCUAACUAAGACACUGUCCAUCCCUUAUCUUGGAUCCCUGUGAAAUUCUGCAGGGAGGGGCACGGAGGCUCUGAGCGGCUGGUGUGUACCAGGCAGCCUGGUAGCCUCCUGUGGUUCUCACAGGUGCCUGGAGAGCUGGCAUAACUCAACAUACCCCCUCCCCUGCCAACUCCCUCAAAGAACAGUGGGGAGAUCUCCAUAUCACCAGCCACGCAGGGUUUCUGCUGCUAUAUCUAAAAUUCUGGGCUCCAGGCUCUGUUGCUUCUGAGGUUUUGAAGCCUUUCUCACUCACCUGGUUCCAGCAUAGAAGGGAUGUCUUUAAACUCAGAAUUCUAACCAUUUAGAAAUGACUCGUUGGGGCUGUGAGACAUUUCAACAGGUAAAGAAGGGUGCUUUCGGUAGACCUGGCAGACCUCAGUUUGACUCUGGGGACACACAUGGUAGAAGGAGAAAAUUGACUCUCACAAGUGGCCCUCUGACCCACAUGUGCCAUGGCAUGCCUUCUGGAAAAGACAGAAAGGAAAGAUGGCUGCACAAAGCCUUUCAUCAGUCUGCUAUGACCUAAUCCUGAUCUUCAAGGCUGCAUGAAAGACUGGCCACUGGCAGAGAAAAGGGCACUUAAUUUAAAACAAAUGCAAUUCCCCACUGAGGCAGAAGUUGCCACUGUAGCCAGGCAGGGAAGGCAUCCCCAAGAGGAGCGAGCUACAAAACCACAGCUUUGUCAGGUAGUAGCUGCUUUGCUGUACUCAAGGCACACUCUCUCCACUCUGAGUUAAAUGCUAAGUAAAAUUGUGACAUACACUGCCUCAAGAGAAGGAAAGCCCCAUUUAGCCAGGAGAGGAAACAGCACGCUGCUACUGUUUGGUUGGGGAGAGAUGAGAGACUUACUAUGUCUCCAGGCUGUUCCUUUUCUUUCUCUUUCUUUCUUUUUAUUUUUUGAGACAGAAUAUCUCUAGUAUCUCUAGUUUCUCUAGUUUCUCUAGUAUCUCUAGUUUCUCUAGUUCUCUAGUAUCUCUAGUUUCUCUAGUAUCUCUAGUAUCUAGUUUCUCUAGUAUCUCUAGUUUCUCUAGUUCUCUAGUAUCUCUAGUUUCUCUAGUAUCUCUAGUAUCUCUAGUUUCUCUAGUUCUCUAGUAUCUCUAGUUCUCUAGUAUCUCUAGUUUCUCUAGUAUCUCUAGUUUCUCUAGUUCUCUAGUAUCUCUAGUAUCUCUAGUUUCUCUAGUAUCUCUAGUUUCUCUAGUAUCUCUAGCCCUGGAUAUCUUGGAACUCUCUAUGUAGACCAGGCAGGCCUCAAAUUCACACAACUGCCUGUGCCUACCUCCUGAAUGUUGAGAUUAAAGGCGUGCCCCACUACACCUGGCUCAGCCUAGUCUUGAGUUCACAGGGUCAAGUAAUCCACCUGCCUCAGCCUCUCAAGCAGCUGGGACUAAAGGCUGUUUUUUUGUUGUUUUUUUUUUUUUUUUUUUUUUUUUUUUUGGUUCUUUUUUCCGGAGCUGGGGACCGAACUCAGGGCCUUGCGCUUCCUAGGUAAGCGCUCUACCACUGAGCUAAAUCCCCAACCCCUCUAAAGGCUGUUUUAAAAGUAUUUUUUGUUUGAAUAAAGUCGAAUAAAGAUUUUCUCCACAGCUUGGAGAAAAUCUCUUUUUAAAUAUUCUUCAUCCUGGGCCCACAGUAGGUGACACUGUCACCUUCUGAAAGCAGCACUCACAGUUCUCAUCACUGCCCCUCAGCCCUCUGCUGGCUUAUUCACCUCUCAGAUCUCUUAGAUCUCAGUUUCUCAUCCUUACCAGUAAAUGUUACCCAUGACCCAGUCUCCCUGUUAGCACAACUCCAGAAUCCUUACUUGGUAUGUUAAACUCACACACACUGUGUCCCUAGCCACCUUCUUUUCAGAGUGACCAGACUCCAUCAGUAGUCAUAGCUGGGGUAGAUGUCUCACCCAGGCCUCCCUUUGCCAUUCUGCAAACAUAGAGCCCAUUCCUGGCAGCUUGUCUUCCUAGCUAGAAUGUUCUCCAUGGACCUCUAUCUAGUUCAUUCUAGGCAACAGAGACCUCUCUUCUGAUGCCCCUGACUGCAUCCAGUUAGAUCUCCCAUCGUCAUUAAUGAUAACCAGAUAUGUGGCAGACUCUCGUCAUCUCAGCAUUCCGAAGGCUGAGUCAGAAAUAUCACUAAGAGUUUGGGGAAACUACACAAAAUACAGCUUGCUUCAAAAAUAGGCAGGAUGAGGAAAGAAGGAAAGGAUCCAGUCAUGAGCUGCCUACUGGGACAACUUAAUUUUGCAAGUGGAUUUGUCUUCAACGUGGAUAACCUACAUUGUGGCACCUAGCCUGAGGCCGCUCUGCUCUGAGGAGUUUCCCAUGUGUUAAGUGAGUGUGGUAUGAGUCUUCUGAGCCAGAUUGAGGGGCUUAGUGUCUGCAAAAGUCAAUUCACCCACAUCCGAAUGCGCAUUUCUAAGUGACUGGAUAUGGAUAACCCUUGCUACAUCCCUAGUACUCAGAGAUAAACUCCAGGCAUGAAUUUAUCAGCCCCUGUACCACUGUGCAGUGAAGGGAUAAAUGCAGACAGGGACCCUCAACGGGAUGCUAAUUACUGCAAAUCCUCCCUGGCACAGCCAGCCUUUACAAAAAAUGGUAAAGACAGUUUUUAUUUGUUUGAUCAUACCAGGUCCUGGUCCUGCACAUUCUACUUAGAAUGGAGCAAAGUCUGCUGGCAUAGGCAGAGUGCUGACUGUUCUAUCUAGGCCCACUGUUUCUGUGGAAGGUCUAGGAUGUGCUGAACUAGCCCCACCCUAGAGCCAGCAGAGAGGUAAGAAGUCUAUGGGUCAUAGUUGGAGCCUUGGAAACUAACGCACACAAGCUGGCCCUGGAACAGCUUCAGGAAAGGGAAUGUGCAGAGAAGCCACUCUGGGGACAGAACUGGACCUUUUCAAGAUGGCUGUCCCAUUCCUUGAGCCUCUAAACAGGUUGAUUCACAAGCAGCGAAUUGGCAAUCAAUGACUGAUACAUUUUGCCUGACCUAUGGAAUGUUUGUGUUCGACAUCUGACUUAGCUGUUAACACUUAAAAAUGAAGAGAUUGGGGUUGGAGAUUUGGCUCAGUGGUAGAGCGCUUGCCUAGCAAGCGCAAGGCCCUGGGUUCGAUCCCCAGCUCCGAAAAAAAAUAGAAAAAAAAAAAUGAAGAGAUUUCUCAUACAAGACUAGAUUUCUGGCUUCUCCAAGCUUCCUUCUCACCACAGGGGCAUGAACCUCUGUAUGGGCCAUUUUCUUUCCAUGAGGCCAGUGCACCCAAUUUUGCCUCAGCCCACUCCCAGCUUGUUUUCCUUGAUCUAAAAUGUUGCAUAUUGGAACUCUGGGAGGGAGGAGGGAAGAUCAAAUGGACCCAUAAGACACUGGCUUCUCCUGACUCUAAUGCCUCUGGGCAUGGCAUGGGUGGCCCCCGGGGUCUAAGAUCUGUAAUGACAUCUAGACAAGAUACUGUUUAUCUAAACACCAAUUGGAAUCUGCCUGUGACUGAAUCCUCUAGCUGGAUGGGCCAAGGAAGCCAUCUCAGGCUGAGGCUGACUGUGGCUUGCUGUGUACUCUCUCAAGGACUCUGCGUAUUUUGGAACAGUCUUCUAACCUCAGUUCUAAUAUGGAGACAUUGAGGUUUACUGUCACAGCCAGUCGCAGAACAGCUGACAGACUCCUGAGCAAUCCUGUUUACUUCUCUGUGAUUCCAUUGCUGGCUAUAGCAGGGCCCUCACACCACUGGAAGUUCAACACACAAGUCAACGUGGGGUCAACACUAGCCUUUAUUUCUGUCUUACCUGUGUACUUAGAGUGGAUAUGUAUUUCAUUUUGUAGAGGUCAGAGGAAGAUUUGUGUAGCUGGCUUUCUCCUUCCAACAUGUGAGUCCCAGAGAUUGGAACUCAGGUUUGGUCCAAAGAGUCAUCACUCAAUGAGCAGUCUCAACAGCCUUUCAGAGCACACUUUUUGGAAUCGGGGAUAGAACUCAGUGCUUACAAAGCAUGCACAGAGACCAGAAUUCAGUCCCCAUUGGUGAAUAAACUGGGUGUGGUAGCCCUCAUCUGUCUCUUCUGAAAGAGGAUAAGAAGUUCAAGAGAUUGUUCAGUGGUUAGAGCUCUGACUGCUCCUCCAGAGGUCCUGAGUUCAAUUCCCGGCAACCACAUGGUGGCUCACAACCAUUUGUAAUGAGAUCUGAUGCCCUCUUCUGGUGUGUCUGAAGACAGCUACAGUGUACUUAUAUACAAUAAAUAAAUAAUUUAUUUUUUAAAAAAGAAUUUCAAGUUCAUCCUUGGCUGCCUAGGACGUUCAAAGGCCUAUCCUGGACUAGAGACUCUCAAAUAAUAAACCAACUCAUCGCCCUGCCCUUUAACCAAUGAUUCUCCUGAAGCAGGGUGAAAGGUUUUGGUUAUGUCUAUGAUUACGGGUGGGAGUGGGAGGAGCAGGUGUUCAGGGUGGCUGUGGUGUGAAUUCUGUGGCUGUGUGACCUGUGGGCAUGUCUGAGAGGGAUAGCUUACAGACUGAGCAGCUCACACGCCUAUUAAAUUGUUUUGGUGGCCAAAUUAGCUCUGAUGCUUGGAGGACACAUAAAGUCAUUUUUAAAACUAGUCUUUAAUUAUAAUUUCUCUUCAAGUUUUUCUGAGAUGUAAAACCUCGAGGUCUCCAGCUGGUUCUGGAGUUUCUACCUCUAACACUCUUUUCCCCUGGACCUCUCUCCACUUCACCUCACCGGAGUCUACACCAUCUUCCAGGGACCAGGGAACUGCCAGCGAGUAUGUCAGAUGGGAACAUAAAGAGGUCGGGAUGUGGGAAAUAAAGGUGUGAAGGUGGGGAGGAAGAACUGUUUGGGCUUUAAGACCGGAACCUCCUGGAUUCCUGCUAGACCGAUCUGCAGCCUUUGCAAACAGCCUUAAUGCCAUCAGCGCCCCACUGCGGAAUUCAAAGCUCAGCUAGUCACAAUAGUUAACACCUUCUUUGACCAGCCUCCAGCUAUUUGACAAUUUUUCUUUUCUGCCCUUCUUUCUUGCCACCGGGAAGGUUUUUAGGGAGUCCCCUCCCAUAGCGAGCCGCCCCUUGACGUUAAGAUUUUUCUGGGGUAGCCGGCUUGCAGGGUGAGUAGGUUUCCAGGCUUCGGGAGCGGGGCGUGGGGGCGGGGAUGGACAGGAACGAUUUUGGAGGUCCCCACGGGCCAUCCGGAAAGUUAAUGAUGCUUCAGGUUCUAGGCUGGGGACAAUGACCACCUUUCCAAGGCUGCCAGCCCAGAGGUCAGCGCGGAGCAGCUGAGCCUUGGGCUGCACUGGGGGGUCCCUAGUUUCCUAGAGGGCGCAGAGGCUGCGACUCUCCAGACGGAGGGGCUACGUCCACGACGGACCCCGGGUUUGGCGAGCGCCAGCCGGUGGCCAGGAACCGGGCGCCCCGGCGGGCUCCGGGAGCCCUCCCACUCUUGCCAACUUUCCCUGCCCUGGUGCCGGAGGAGGGCGCCUUUCCCGGCGGGUCGCGCGCGAUAUUUAAGGCGGCUCGGCUGGGCCGGCGAUCGUCAGUCGGAGCGCCCGGCGGCACCGUGGAAGCAGCGCGCGGCUGCGGGAGCCGGAGGAGGGGCAUGGAGCCGCCGCGGGCCUGCUGAGCACCGGAGCGCGGGCAGCGGGCGGCACGAUGCCGGUGCAGCUGACUACAGCCCUUCGUGUGGUGGGCACCAGUCUGUUUGCCCUGGUAGUGCUGGGGGGCAUCCUGGCAGCCUAUGUCACAGGCUACCAGUUUAUCCACACGGAAAAGCACUAUCUGUCCUUCGGCCUCUACGGUGCCAUCCUGGGUCUGCAUCUGCUCAUCCAGAGCCUGUUUGCCUUCCUGGAGCACCGUCGCAUGCGCAGGGCAGGGCGCCCACUGAAGCUGCACUGCUCUCAGAGACGGCGUUCGGUGGCACUCUGCAUCGCUGCCUACCAAGAGGACCCUGAGUACUUGCGCAAGUGCCUUCGCUCAGCUCAGCGCAUUGCCUUCCCAAACCUCAAGGUGGUCAUGGUAGUGGAUGGCAAUCGCCAGGAAGAUGCCUACAUGCUGGACAUCUUCCAUGAGGUCCUGGGUGGCACUGAGCAAGCUGGCUUCUUUGUGUGGCGUAGCAAUUUCCAUGAGGCGGGUGAAGGAGAGACAGAGGCCAGCUUGCAGGAAGGCAUGGAGCGUGUUCGAGCUGUGGUGUGGGCCAGCACCUUCUCAUGCAUCAUGCAGAAGUGGGGGGGCAAGCGUGAAGUCAUGUACACAGCUUUCAAGGCCCUUGGCAACUCAGUGGACUACAUCCAGGUGUGUGACUCUGACACUGUGCUGGACCCAGCCUGCACCAUUGAGAUGCUUCGGGUCUUGGAGGAAGAUCCCCAAGUAGGAGGUGUUGGAGGAGAUGUCCAAAUCCUCAACAAAUACGAUUCAUGGAUCUCCUUCCUGAGCAGCGUGAGGUACUGGAUGGCCUUCAACGUGGAGCGGGCCUGCCAGUCCUACUUUGGCUGUGUGCAGUGUAUUAGUGGGCCUCUGGGCAUGUACCGCAACAGCCUCCUUCAGCAGUUCCUGGAGGACUGGUACCAUCAGAAGUUCCUAGGCAGCAAGUGCAGCUUUGGGGAUGAUCGGCACCUUACCAACCGAGUCCUGAGUCUUGGCUACCGGACUAAGUAUACAGCACGCUCCAAGUGCCUCACAGAGACCCCCACUAAGUAUCUCCGAUGGCUCAACCAGCAGACCCGCUGGAGCAAGUCUUACUUUCGGGAGUGGCUCUACAACUCUCUGUGGUUCCAUAAGCACCACCUGUGGAUGACCUAUGAGUCAGUGGUCACAGGCUUCUUCCCCUUCUUCCUCAUCGCCACAGUCAUACAACUUUUCUACCGUGGCCGCAUCUGGAACAUUCUCCUCUUCCUACUAACGGUGCAGCUGGUGGGCAUUAUCAAGGCUACCUAUGCCUGCUUCCUCCGAGGCAAUGCAGAGAUGAUCUUCAUGUCCCUCUACUCCCUUCUCUAUAUGUCCAGCCUGCUGCCAGCCAAGAUCUUUGCUAUUGCUACCAUCAACAAGUCUGGCUGGGGCACUUCUGGCAGGAAAACCAUUGUAGUGAACUUCAUUGGCCUAAUCCCUGUGUCCAUCUGGGUGGCAGUUCUUCUAGGGGGGUUAGCCUACACAGCUUAUUGUCAGGACCUGUUCAGUGAGACUGAGCUAGCCUUCCUGGUCUCUGGGGCCAUCUUGUAUGGCUGCUACUGGGUGGCCCUCCUCAUGCUGUAUUUGGCCAUUAUUGCCCGGAGGUGUGGGAAAAAGCCAGAACAGUAUAGCCUGGCUUUUGCUGAGGUGUGAUAGAACCUUCAAGUAAAGUGGGAAAUGUGCAAUGGGUAAGGGAGGGAAGGGGAAUGGAAAAGAAGGGGUGGGAGGGAGGAGGGCGUGUUGUGUUCUAGUUUCAUGGCUGAUAGGACCAAUGUGAAAAGCGAAGACUAGUGACUGGAGUGGUCUGGGUGGCACUGGUUCUGUAGGCUCAGGGCAGAGAGACUUGUAUGUCACUUGGCUGCUUGCCCUUGCACAGGUAGUGAACUCUUGAGAAUCUUACUUCCUUCUGGGAACUAUAGAGGACCCAGAAGUAUGCUAAACUAAGUGCUAAACUCCAUCCUGUGUCAACUUCUGAUACAGAAGCAAGCAAUGACAGCCCAUAGACAGUGUCUUCCUCCCCAUGUGAGCAUGACGAGCUGUAGGAGUUGUUACUGUCCAGCCUGGCCGGCUGGUGUCCCCUUCCCUAACUCCAAUUAGCCAUCAAUGCAUUAAGAUUGUGCCUGAGAUAACAAGGCUGGAAAGCCUGACCUUUGGUCAAAAAACAGGGUCUAAGAAGUGGUGCUUUAUGUAAUUAAUAUAUUCCACUCCACAUGAAAACAUCCCAGGGAUGAGCCAAGACACCAGGAGUAAGUACUUAGUUUGGUGGGGUUUUUUUUUGUUUUUGUUUUUGUUUUUGUUUUUUGUUUUUUUUGGGGGGGUGGGGUGGGAAGGGUUGCACAUUACAAAGGAAAGUUUGGCCAGUUGUGGUGCAUGUGUGUAAUCUAAGCACUUAGAAGAGAUCAGAGGUUCAACGUUAGGUUGGACUACAUGAGAUUCUAACUGUCUCAUACAAAAAUAGUUUGACAGGAGGAUCAAAGAUGGUCGUGGUGCUAAAAACCGUGGAUGCCUUGGACUGAAUGUGUUCCAACUGAAAACUGCUUGGUCUUUUACAAAAUUCCCAAUUGUCAAGAGAACUUGCUGGGCAGAUUGGAUGUUUUAGCCAUCUACCAGAAAGACUCAACUCCAAUGGAUUAACAAGUCUUUACCGGCUCGUUCACACCUGAAUGCCUCUCAGAUUCAGCUCGCAUCUGAGUUAGACAUCCUCCUCAAUAUUUCAUUCUCUUCAAAGGCACGUCGUUCUUAGUUGUUUUCUAGUGGGGAAAGCAGCAGUUACCUCCAUUUCCAUGGGCACAUUCCUUCACAUGGCAGAGAACAGACUUACAAGGCUGUUCCCCACAUGCAUGGAGAGAGCAGCCUCCAACCGCACUGUUCCUGCCUUAGGACUGGUCAGUACCUCAGCAGCUGGUUAGCAUGUGUGACCUUCUCGACAAUCAUUCCCAAAGGAAAGCUUCCUGGUGUUGCCCAAAUGAACCCUCAAAUCCAAGUUAUCUCUGAGAGCAUCCAUUCUCAGUGGCUUCUCCAAGGACUUCUACGGCCAGGUAGUGGAUGAUCCUCCAUUUGCUGCUGCAGUCCAGAAACCAAACCAGGAGCUGGAACUGGUCCAACAGUCUUCAGUCCGCUUACACCCCUCAUGGCUGCUUGACUUUCCCGUUUCUUUUGAGGAAUGAUGAGAAGCAUUCAUACUAUUUUGAAGUCAAGACCAGACGCUGUUUUUGGAUUUGAAACCUGGGGUCAUGACUAAGCCUUUGACUUUAGGGGUUGCUUAUCAUUAUUCUCAGAGGGGCCAGCCAACCCCUCAGAACCUACAGAGCGAGAGCAGUGUACACAGGUGCUUCCUGCAAAGGAAUGAAGUGCACUCCAGACCUCGGAUGGGCAAGCUCUUGUACUCCCCUUUCUCUUAUGGACAAAAGGGUUUUUCCCAGUGUAGCUAACAGUUGCCACAGCACACAAAGCUCAAGUUUCUAGUAAAACUGCUGGCUGAUGUGAAGCUCAACUCAUGGUGGUUGGGAAGCAGCAUAUUUGUCAGAGGCAGUUGUUCUGGGUCCUUCUGUUAAGAAGUGAACUAUUCAAGCACGACAGUGGAGACAAUCCAGUCAGCUAACCUCAGAGCUCAGGCUGAGGGCUUGUUUCUCUUCAACUUUACUUGAAGGUUGCAGGACAAUGGACUCCGGAUGGAAACUGGUUAUCCACCAUCAGCUCUUCUGCCAUGCACUGUGGUCAACUCUCCUCAGAUUAAAACGCAGGUACAGUAGUGAGCUUACAACACUUGACCUCGGCUGGAUUUCCUAAUUUAUUUUAUAACUUUUCAGCAGCAAAGCUAAGCUGGGCUACGGCUAUAUCCCUGUUUCCUGCAAGGGAAGAGCCUUUAUAUAAUUAGACUCAUUUUGGUUUUUCCUCAUUGACAAUUUCAGCUUCUUUUGUAUUAUUUCUACAAUAAUUUGUAAAUAUUUAUUUUUAACCUGCUUUUUUAUUAAGUAAGGAGGAAACUUUAUUUAACAUUAAGGGUGGGAGGGAGUCAGAAGGGAGGUGGCUUUACUUGGGGAUAAUACUCAUAUCAUGCUCUUGGCACAGCCACUGAGCACAGUGCACAGGCCUCAUGCCUCUUAAGCAAAGUCACAGUGUACAUGUGAGCAGCUGGAGCUCAUCUCUCCCGAAAGCCUUUAUCUGCUGUUCUACCCUUGCCUAUGCCCUUCAAAGUCCAGGAGGUGUUCGUGUUCCUCCAGGUUACCAGACAGGUUAUAGGAAUUCCUCAUAAAGUGUAGAACUCUACCAGAACCCUUCUCAGAAUGAUCCUUCUGCUUCACGAUCUCUGCCACCUUUCUAAUUGUUCUUACAAAAGCUGUAGUCAGUGCAAGUCCCACAACCAAUGUCCCUUAGCCACCCCACCCCCAGCUUUUGCAGCUUCAGCUCUGCCUUGUCCUUCUGCACCUCUGGGACUCUGAUAGCAGAGUCCCCCUGCUGUCAUUCUCCUCCCUGAUGUCCAUGUUCUUCACUCCAGCAUCAUCUAGUGGGGAUGCAAGCUGACGAGAACAGCUCUUCUUUUUCCAGGACCACCUCUGCACUCUGGGUAGUCAGUGCUGACCUUUGCCCAGCAGUGGAAGCCUAGAUCCCUUCCUGCAUCUAAUGCUCAAGAGGCUGUAGUCAUCCUCUAGCACCACCGCCCCGAGAGUGAGACACUAGAGGUGAGCUGAGGCCCUGCUGAACUUGUAGUUGCAGGAUAACCCAGUUCUCUGCCAAUUCUCAUUCAUGAGGCCAUUGGUGGGAUCAUCCUAGUUCAUAUGGAAGGUGUCUAGCCUGUUCCUCCCCAGUUCCCCAUCUUAUUUAGCUAGCAAAUGGCAAAGCUUCUGUUGUGCCAAGACCAGCAGCAUAAGGCGGCUGUUAGAGCAGUUCCAUUCUUCUUGGCCAACAUUUUAUGCACCAGGUUCAUUCACCAGCAGCACAUUUUCUUCCUCUUGCAAUACUCCUUCUGUCCUCAAAGGUAAACGUCAGUCAGCCUCUCCUUGGAAUUAAUGACGUGCUUCUCAGUGAGGCCCUAUAGGUCUCAAGCACCAAACAUCCGUGUGCUGAUGCCUAACUUUUGGUCUAUCUCCUCCAACAGCUUAGUCCUCUUCUCUGCCAAGACCUGUAGCCCCUCACCAUCCAUCCCAGCUGUGGUGUUCCCAGGGCCGGGGUCAUCCUCCCCUAACUUCUGGCUUAGGAGUGAGUGCCUUCCUUGUGGCUCUUCUUGUGGCCAUGGAGAUUGACUUUGGAUAUUACAAGUCCCUCUUUCUUAACAAUGACUUUCAAGAGUUUCAACCUCAAUUUGGCUGGAACUGACUGUCUAAAAGAGCAUCUCCUGAGCCAAAUGGGCCCCGAUACUUUGUAGCUGCCCAGAAUACUGUGCAGUGCCAUCAGAGACCUGAAUUUCCAUCACCCCAGAGCCCUACCUGUUGUCCACUCAGAUGCCAUCCUGGUGCUGUUUUGUAUCUUAAUGUUCUGUGGCAGCUUGACUCGCUAGAACUAAACUGGCCUCACUGGGCUACAAAAGCCCUGAUGACACAAAACACAAUUUUGGGUGACAAGGCAGCUGCUAUCUGGUUGCUGGCAGCCAUGAGCAGCUGCUUCUGGCACUGUUGUUUUCAUUGCCCUUGGAGACUGGCUUUUUUGUUGUUUUCAGGUCAAGAAUUUUUUAUUGCACUUAUCAAAAUAAAAAUUCUUACGUAA